UGUAGACCUACCACGAAUUAAUAUUAUAAUUUUUACGUGAUAGCGUGUACAAAAUGCUAUUAAUAUAAUCAUUUACGCGAUAUCAUUUUCUAUAAAAAAUCUGUAGACAAGACACUAAAGAGCAUACAUUGUGUUGUUCUUUGAGUGUAUAUUAAUCCAUAUUAAAUUAAAAAGUGAAUAGCUGACAAAAUGAGGGAUCUAAUUAUUAGGGGACCUAAAAGAACCCUAGAAACACCUUCAAAGGGAUUCGGGGAGUAUUAUUUUGAAAGAGCUGAUGAACUGAAUGACAAAAUAUGUCAGAUUGAUGGUAACACAGAAAAAACAGAAACUUUUGCUCAAGUCAAAUCCCGAACGACUAAAGUAGCCUUGGGAAUGAAAGAGUUGGGAUUUAAACCAAAAGAAAUCGUACUUUUAUGCUGUAGAAGUAGCAUAAACAACAUAAUUCCAGUCCUAGCAACAUUGUACUUAGGUGGAUAUGUCAGUUCUACCGAUCCAAAACAAUCAUCUUCUGAUGUGCGGUACUUGAUCAGUUUGGUUGGACCAAAGAUGAUAUUUGUAGACCAGGAAUCGGUUGAUUUGAUACAGAAUAGUUUAAUUGGUUUGGAUUUAACGCCCUGUAUUGUGGUAGUUGGAAAUUCUGACAAAUACACGACUCUAAAAUCUUUAGAGAAGAUUUAUGACCAAGAAAAAUUGUUUCGUCCGGUAGCUCAGAAGCUUACUGAUGUAGCCUUUAUUAUGUUUAGUAGUGGAACGACUUCUUCUCCUAAAGGAAUAUACGUAUCGAACAAAUAUGCUUUGGAUAUAGGCCUAAAUCUGUUGGAAAGUGGAACUUUGAAGAAAUCUGAAGUAAUAAUGCACUUCUCGUCAUUUUACUGGAUUUCUGCUUUGGGUUUGACUAGUGCCGCCAUUGCUACCGGAUCUGCCAAAGUUGUAGGAAGUGACAUUUCGGCCGAAAGAUUCUUGUACCUCGCAGAAAAAUAUAAGAUUACAUUUGCUUUAAUGUCCAACAGCUAUACCUAUGGAAUAGCAUCAUUAAACAAAGAAAUUAUCGACAAAUAUGACACAUCUUCUUUAAAUUCGAUUGUGAUAGGAGGCGCUCCAGUACAUCCGGCACAAAUACUGGAACUCAGAGAACUCUUGCCUUACACCAAAGUAUCUAUGGGUUACGGAGCCACUGAGGCGAACGCCAUCAGCUUUUUUGACUAUAGAUUGGGCGAAGAAGCCUACAAAAAUAAAAUAGAAUCUUCUGGAACAUUACUACCUGGUGUUGAAUUAAAGAUUGUUGAUUUGACCACAGGACAACUCUUAGGCCCCAACCAAGAAGGCGAAAUCCGAGUAAGAAGCCCUUCCUUAAUGUCUGGCUAUCAUAACCUCGAAACAAGUAACGCUUUUGAUGGGGAUGGUUUUCUGAAACUUGGAGACUUUGGUUUUUAUGACCAGGACCACUACAUCUAUGUGACUGAACGAAUUAACGAAACCUUUAAAUACCAAACCAGUCAGAUCAUUCCCAGCGUCAUUGAAAACGUCAUGCUUUCACAUCCCGCAGUGGAACAAGCUGUGGUAUUUGGUGUGAAGCAUCUGGUAGAUAAUAAUCAUCCAGGAGCUUUGGCUGUUUUGAAGCCUAACUCUAAGGUUGAGGUCAAAGAGUUGUUGAAUUAUAUAAAUGAACGUGUAUCAAAUAGUCACAGACUCAGGAGUGGUAUUUUAUUAGUGAACAAUAUUCCUACGACGCCAUCAGGAAAAGUACAACGUAGGACUAUCAAAGAAAUGUUCAACAAACUGUAGUACUAUAAGUUUGAGUCUAGUACCUAUUAUAUGAUUUAUGAUAAUAAAAUAUUAUAUUAUCCAGAAUAAAUAUAUCAAAUGAAAAUAACAAAA